AUGUCUUACGGAGAGAUGAAAUCAAUCUCCGACUUUCUCCGCCGUUGCGCUCCUCCGUGUAAUCUCCUCGUCUUCGGACUCACACACGAAACUCUCCUCUGGAAAUCACUAAACCACAACGGACGUACAGUUUUCGUCGAAGAGAAUCGAUACUACGCAGAAUACUACGAAGAAAUCUACCCAGAGAUCGACGUGUUCGAUGUUCAGUACACGACCAAAGUUCAAGAAGCUGGUGAGCUCGUUGCGGCGAAAGAAGCGGCCCAAAACGAGUGUCGUCCCGUCCAGAAUCUCCUCUUCUCUGACUGA